CGUUGUAUUUCCGGAAAAAAUCUCGAGGUCAGAACAUUAUGGCCAACUUUGGACUCUUUGUAAACUUUAUUGCCAUCGCAAUGCUAGCACUGGCGAUCGCGCCUCCUGAUGAUGGUUGUCCAGGUGGUUGCAGUACCUGGACAAAACUUGGCAAAUAAAUACAUAUACAUAUGCGUUAAGUUUAUUGGUUGAAAUGUUUAAGCUUAUUUUACAAUAAACUGAAGAACUUUUGUAUGGUAUUAGAAAAGUA